AAUAAUUGUGUAACCUGUAAAAUUGGGUUAAAUCUCACUGGAAAAUAAAAAUUUUUGAAAAUUGAAGAAUGAAAUCAUUAAUCAAUUCAAACUGGUAAUCAAACUAUAGAUUAGUAUAAAUCAUAAACAUGGGUGUACAUAUCUUUGGUAAAUCCAUAAAACAUAAUUACUUGGUUCGCAUUGGUUUAUCAAAAGCCAUAUUUGGUAUUGGAUACAACACAGCAGAAAGAAUAUGUGCUAAGAUAGGAAUAUAUCCUCAAAUGAGAAUGAAUCAAUUAACCGAACCACAAAUCAUGGAUUUAAAUAAAGAAAUUUCAAACAUGUUAGUUGAAGGUCAAUUGAAACAAAAGAUUAAUAAUGAUAUUAAAUUGAAAAGAGAUGUUGGCUCUUUUGCUGGUACAAGACAUGCUCUUGGUUUACCUGUUCGUGGUCAAGGUACUAGAAACAAUGCUAAUACCGCUAAGAAAUUGAAUAAACUUGAAAGAUUCCGUAUAUGAUUUGGUUUAUUUACUUUUCCAAAUGUAUUUGUAUACAUUUUUCCCUUUGCAUAUCAUAUAAAUAGGUGCUUUCUAUUGAAACGAGAAGUAAUUUAGUAAGCAUACACACCUACCACCUUGUAUAUAUAGUCGUAUUUAUGCUAAUUAGACGAAUACAUAUUUUUAAUGACAGACAGAGUAAAACAGCAUAUUAUAAUUUUUCGCAAGCAUUGAAUUUAUU